AUGGCCUGGGGCUUGUCCAAGGGGGCACUGUCGGGAUGGGGUCUACUAAGAUGGCUUGCAUUAAUCCGGCUGUUCCAGGCACUGGCGUCGUUGGUGACCGCGACGAUGAACGGCUUUCUCCUGGCAUACAUCCACCUCAACCGGCUAGGCUUCGCGAACAGCAUGUUUGUGUUGGAAAUCAUGGCUUGUGUUGCCCUGAUCUAUCCGGGUGUCGUGCUUUUGAUACUGCAUACUGGCAAAAGGCGGCAGAACGCCAGCUCGAGAAUGAUUGCGACCUUUGUUGUCACAGACGUGAUACUUAGUGGACUGAUGCUCGCUAUCAUCACCCUGCUUGCCCGGACCGGGGUACCAUCGAACUGCCAUGGACUUACGCGGGACAACUUCGUGAGGGGAGAUGCUCCAGAUGAUCCGCCUCCGGGCUACACCACCAUACGAUUCGGCGAUGGGCCACACGACGGAAAGGGGCUACUCGACAGGUACUGCACGCUGGAGCGAGGGUUCUACUUCAUCUCAAUAACCCUAGUCUUCACUUACACGACUACCAUAACACUCGGGAUUCUUCGAAUAUGCGAACGCUAUUAUACCAGGAACAGUCAGAUUGACCACCUCCUCACGACAGCCUAUAACAUCCACCGGCUCGCGCACAAGCAGUCAGAGCUGCACCGACCAACAUCACCCGCAGAUUUGGAGGACCCGGGCGCAUUGACAGCGGGAAUCCUCGCACCAAUGUCCAGGGGUAGUCGCGCCACACCAUCUCAAGGCUUGGUCUCGCCCAGCACUACGUACCACUCGUUACAUGUCCAGCCACGGCAUGCACCACUCCUGGUGUCGCCUGUAUCGCCUGUAUCGCCCAUGUGCCCUGGCACAACUCCGAACAGGUCAUUCGCAGCCACCCCAACGGUGUUCGGAACAUCGACGGAUGGUUUGAUGGCAGGGCGACAAUCCCCAGAUCCAGCGGCUGAAGCGGCUGUUACCGACGGUUACCGCCAUCAACCCCAGGCUGGGAUGUCAUCGCUGCCCCCAUACUCGCCCGGUCCCUCACGAGCGCAGUUCAUGACCGGGCACGGGAAUGAAGCGAACGACUUGCGACUUAGCGACUACGUCAAAGGGGAAAAUCGGGCACAGCAUAUGAAAGACUCCGGGGCUGGGUUAUAG